GACACUUUCAAAAAAAAUGGAAAGAUAAAACCGAUCCGGGAAAUACAAAACUACUUCUCAAAAACCAUAUUUCUCUCGAUCGAAUAUAGUCAUUGGGUGUGGUCUUUUGCAUUCAAAAUGCUGGGCUCUUUUAUUUCUAGGAUACUCCUAAUGACAUUUGGUUACGUUUAUCCGGCUUACGAGUGCUUUAAGAUUGUGGAAAAAUCUAAACCAGAGAUUGAACAACUUCUAUUAUGGUCCAAAUACUGGAUUCUGGUUGCUAUGAUAACUGUAUUGGAGAGAAUUGGAGAUGUCUUUUUUUCUUGGUUACCAUUGUACAGUGAAAUGAAGUUGGCAUUGUUUAUAUAUCUAUGGUCUUACCAAAUGAAAGGGACAAAAUAUAUAUACAGUAGGUUUCUGCAGCCUUUUAUGAGGCGCCAUCAAGAGGAAAUUGAUCAGAAUAUAAAUGAAUUGAGAAGAAAGGCAGUAAGUUGUUCAAUUUAUUAUUGGAAAAUGGCUUUGGAAUUUGGUGAGGGUAGAUUGUUGGAGAUCUUGCAGAGUGUUUCUUCUCGUCAUAACGAGCAUCAUUGAAGAAGACAUUAUCAUAAACUAUAUUAACUGUUGUAUAGAACUUUAAUUUGUGUAUUGGAGUAUUUGGAUAUAUUUUACAGUUAUUUCAACAAUGUCAGAUAAUUGGCUCAAAUUAAAAAAACAACCAGGUAGGGGAAACAUUUUCUUUCAUUGUUGAGUGUUAUUAGACAAACAAAGCUUAUACAAGGCUUUAGCAAAAGAAAGUUCUUACUUUAUGAAAGACAGAGUAUCAAAAACAUAUGGAGAGAUUUUAUUAGUGGGGAAAUUAGUAUUUAUAUUUUGUAAUUUGAAAA